CAAGUGCCAAGCCUGCCAAAGGAUGCGAUUCUUCUAGUUCCUCUUCUUUUCUUUCGUAAAUUUCCGCGAAUUCUCUCGCAGAAGUGUCAAGCUGUGCAUACGUUUUGUUGUUAAUCGACUCGAAGAGUAUUCUUACAUCCUGAAAUUUCUCAGAGUUUCGUUCUCGACGGUGAAACGACCCGGUUCGAGCGUAGUGACGCAAAAUGGCGUUGCCAGCGAAUUAUAAGCAAGUCGCGAUGGCUACGUCGAACAUCGUAGCUUCCAACCAACGUAUAAGAGCGUCCGGUGGGAGUUCGAGCAGUUCAACGAACAGCGUAAGUAGACAGAAAGAUACCCAGAGCCCGUUUGUACAAACUCCCCAUAGUCAUCCAGGAUUUACACCCCAGAAAGUUGGAAAGAAUACCAAUGCUGACUCUCGUAUGCCAAAACCACCCAAACCACCAGAGAAACCACUUAUGCCAUAUAUGAGAUAUAGUAGAAAGGUAUGGGAUCAGGUGAAAGCUCAGAAUCCUGAGUUAAAACUAUGGGAAAUUGGUAAGAUUAUUGGACAAAUGUGGAGAGACUUGCCAGAGGAAGAUAAGACAGAGUUUAUUGAGGAAUAUGAAGCUGAGAAGGUGGAGUAUGAGAAAAGUUUGAAAACAUACCAUAACUCACCUGCAUACCUAGCUUAUAUCGCAGCUAAGAACCGUGGCAAGUCUGCAUUGUGUGCUGCACAACAAAGCAAUGAUGAUCGAGAGAGUCACGAACGUUCGUCGGGCAGUAGCAAAAGUCAAGCGGCUCAGGAUAGAAGGAUUGAUAUUUUACCAGCUGAAGAUGACGAUGAUCAAGAUGAUGGGUAUUCUGUGAAACAUGUAGCGUAUUCGCGUUAUAUAAGAAAUCAUCGGCUCAUUAAUGAGAUUUUUAGUGACACAGUUGUUCCAGAUGUUCGCUCUGUAGUCACUACUCAAAGAAUGCAGGUUUUACGUCGUCAGGUUCAAUCCUUGACCAUGCAUCAGAAAAAACUUGAAGCCGAAUUACAACAAAUUGAAGAGAAAUUUGAGGCAAAGAAACGUAAAUUCAUAGAAACUAGUGAAAUAUUUCAAGAAGAAUUGAAAAAGCAUUGCAAACCAGCGGUAGAUGAAGAGACAUUUAACAAAAUGGUAGAACGACAAUAUGAAGCUCUUAGACGAGAGAGACUAAAAGGAACGGAAGAAAAUCGUUCGGAUGGACCAGCCUCUAGCGAAUCUACUCCGAACUCCACUCCGACUCCAACUCCUGCAUCACUCAACGAUGAGAGCCAGCCUGAUGUCUCUGACAAUGAUUCGAUUGAGAAGAAAUCCGGUAGCGUCGAGAAACCGAACGUUGAAAUGAACAAGAAAAUGUCACCUCCGUAUAAUGAGAAUAAGAUUGAGGCACCAGUAGUACAACCGAAUGCUAAUCAGCAACAUUCGACCAAUGUUGGGAUGUACUGCAAUCCGAUCCAACAGCAGCAUCCGCAUCAGCAGCAGACGCAAACGCCCCAACAUCCGCCACCGCCGCCGCCGCCGCCUCAGCAUCAACAGGUGCCUCCUCAGCAACAGCAUCAACUUCCUCAACAGCAUCAACCUCCUCCGCAACAGCAUCAACCUCCUCCGCAACAGCAUCAACCUCCUCUGCAACAGCAUCAACCUCCUCCGCAACAGCAUCAACCUCCUCUGCAACAGCAUCAGCCUCCUCCGCCGAUGCAGUCUCAUCAACCACCACCACAGCCACCCCAGCAGCAUCAACCGCCGCCACCGCCCCAGCAUCAAGUGCUGCAGCCACCACAAUCGCAACAACAGCAACCGCAGCAGCAGCAGCAGCAACAACAACAACAACAGCAGCAGCAGCAGCAGCAGCAGCAACAACAACAACAACCGCCACAACCACCGCAGUCACAACAGUCUCCAGUGAUGCCGCCUCAACAACCAACUACGACAGCCGCGGCAGCAGCUGCAGUUGCCGCAGUAGUUGCGAGUGCGAACGCAACCGCAAAUUCUGCUCCGCCGAAUAUGCCACCAGUAUCUGCGUCUGCGGUGCCAAUUCAGCACAAUCCUCAUCAACAGGGGAUGCUGCCGAAUCAUUCAAUGCCACCACAUCAGAGUGCGCAAGGCACUCAGAGCACGCAGAUUUUGCCAUCACAGGGACCAGUGGCGAAUCCGCAUACCCCGCAAAUGAUGCCACCCAAUCAGGCGUAUGGCCAACAGUAUCAGUCCGGACCAGGCCCGCAACAACCGCAGAACGUUCCGCUAGCUCCGAGACCACCGCAUCCGACUUACAACUACUCCCAGCAACAGCCAUAUCAUCAACCUUAUCCACAAUACGCUCAUCCAUAUUAUCAUCAGCCGUACUCGCAAUACUCGCCUCAUCCGAUGGGUCGACCGCAUGGCCACGGUCCGCAUAGUCCGCACAGUCCGCAUUAUCAUCCACAGUCGCCUCAUACAGUCGGUCCUGAAAAUAAUAACGUUGCCAAUGUCGCAGGUGGCACACCGGCCGCCGUGGCUUCCGCGCCCGCGCCUGAUACCAACAAUCCUACUCAAUAUUCUGCGUCCGCGGGACAUUGCGAGAACGAACGUACCGGUCCGUCGGAGAAUCAAGAGGGUCAGAUAGAUGCUAAAUCGGGAUCCGGUUAAAUAUUUUUUUUAUUUUACAAAUGUUAUUUUCAUUGGUAUGACAUGAUUAUGACUGUAUUUAUCUCUAUAUCUUGACGCCAGCAGACUUUACUUUCGGCGUAAUUUUAUAAUUUAUAAGAUAGAAGUACAAUAAUAACCUGGUUUUAUUACACUCUACAUUGUAGACACAAAAAUUGUCCAGAAUGUAUUGUUUUACACGAAAUUGUGGUAAAAAAGUAGAAAUGAAUAAUACGAUUGUAUGGUGAAGUAGAAAUAAAAUAUCUGUAUGUGAAA